AUGUCGAUCGCGGGCGCUGCCCGCAACCUCCGCAGUUCCCCGCGCGCAGUCCGCUUCACGGUGGACGCCACGGAGCCCCUGGCGCCAUUCCCGCAGCAGCAGGAGGAGGAGCCCGUGGAGGAGAGUUGGAGCCGAUUUAGGCAGCGGCGACGGCUGGAGACGCGCGCGUCCCCCGUGCAGGUGCCGCUGGGGUCGUUGGACGGUCGCCGGGUCCUGAGUCGGACACCGCUCACGCCGACCCAGCGCCAGUGCUGCCCCGGCGGGGAGUCUCGGCCCCGACGCCGCCUCGGUGGCCCCUCUCCCGGUGGCCCCUCUCCCGGUGGCCCCUCUCCCGGUGGCCUCUCUCUCCCCGCGAUGCGCUCCGCGCUCUCCGCUCAGCUCCUGCUGCUGCUGGUGGCGGUGGGGCCGGCGGGGGCGGUGGGGCCGGCGGGGGCCGCGCUGCCGCGCCUCGACCUCUCGCGUUCAGAGCUGCGGGACAGGGUGGUGGCGCUGGGCGGGGUGGCGACGCACGCCCUGCUGCGUGACGAGGAGCGCGGGGUCCUCCUCAUCGCAACCACAGGCAGCCUCCUCAUCGCCAACCUCAACCACGUCAACCGCAGCGUUCGCGAGCUCCGCUGGGCAGCAACGGAGGAGCAGGUGGCGGAGUGCCGUGCGGCCGGGAAGGACCCCCGCCUCGACUGCGCCAACUUCCUGCGGGUGCUGCACGUGCACAACGAGAGCCACGUGCUGCUGUGCGGCACCGGCGCCUUCCACCCGCAGUGCCUCUUCGUGGACGUGCACGCUCUGGCCACGGGCGGCACAGUGCAGCAGUGGCGGCCGCAGGACGUGUUCCCGGGGAGGGGGCGAUGCUCGUACGACCCACGCUCGCCCCUCGCCUCCGCCAUGAUCGGUGGCCGUCUCUACGCCGGCCUCGCCGCCGACUUCCUGGGCCACGACGGCGCCGCCUUCCGCAGCCUCGGAGCGGCACCCACGGUGCGCAGCGAGCGGCACGACACGCGCUGGCUCCACGAUCCCCGGUUCGUCCGCGUCGAGGCGAUCUCCGAAGGCCGCGGCGAGGACGAGAAGGUUUACUUCUUUUUCCACGAGAGGGCGACGGAGGGCGAGACCGGAGACGACGGCGGCGGCGGCAUCGUCUCCCGCGUGGCCCAAGUGUGCAAGGACGACGAGGGCGGCCGGCGCAGCCUCGUGGGCCGCUGGAGCACCUUCCUCAAAGCGCGCCUCGUCUGCUCCGUGCCCGUGGGCGUCGGCGGCGGCGGCGUCCACACGCACUUCCACGUGCUGCGGGACGUGUUUGUGCUGAAGAGGCCGGACGGCAGGAGCCCCCUCAUCUUCGCCAUCUUCACAACGUCCAGCGACGUCCUGCGUGGCUCUGCGCUCUGCGUGUACGACAUGGCGGACGUGUCGGCCGUGUUCCGCGGCUCCUUCGCGCACCGGGAGGGCGCCCGGCACGCGUGGGGCCCCUACGCGGGCCGCGUGCCCUUCCCGCGCCCCGGAACGUGCCCGGGCGGCGUGCACGGCACGUACCGCUCCACCCGCGAUCUGCCGGACGCCGUGGUGGACUUCGCCCGCGCUCACCCGCUCGUGGCCGGCGCCGUGCGGCCCGCGUCCGGCCGGCCCGCGUUGGUGCACGCGCGGGGCGACCGGCUGCUCACGCGCGUCGUGGCGGAGAGCGUCGACGCCACCGACGGGCGCUACCACGUCCUCUACCUGGGCACCGACACGGGGCGGCUGCUCAAGGCCGUGCUGGUCCCCGGCGCCGACGGCGGUGACUCGGCUCUGCUGCUCGAAGAGCUGCAGCUGUUUGAGGAUGGUUCUGCGGUGACCGUGAUGGAGAUCUCCAGCAAACGGCGGCAGCUCUACGUGGGCAGCGGCACGGGGCUGGUGCAGCUCCCCGUGCAGCGCUGCGACCUCUACGGCCAGGCGUGUGCCGAGUGCUGCCUCGCACGGGACCCGCACUGCGCGUGGGACGGCCGUGCCUGCUCGCGCUACCACGCGCCCUCCCGGCGGAGAUUCAGGCGCCAGGAUGUGAGACACGGAAACCCGGUGACGCAGUGCCACGGGCAGCCCGGAGUGGGAGAGGCGCAGGAGGAGAGGCAGUUCGUGGUGGCGGGGAGCGGCGUGCUGCUCGAGUGUCGCCCACGCCCGCGCCACGCGCGCGUCUCCUGGCAGCGGCAGACAGGCGCGGCGCUCGUCCAGAGUGUGACCCAGACCGAGCGUCUGCUGCUCACCGACCAUGGCCUGCUAAUCCGAGAUGCCCGGCCCAGCGAUGCGGGCCUCUACGCGUGCCGUUCCGAGGAGCCGGGCUUCACGCGCUCCGUGGCGCGCCUGCGCCUGGCCGUGCUGCCGGCCCCGCGCGUCGAGGCCGCCACCUCGCCUCGGGGCGGCCGGGGAGGCCCCGGGCGGUGGCGGCCACGUGGCUGGUACGAGCGUCUGCUGGCCCUGCUGAGCACGCGCCCAGAGGGCCCCGAGCCGCGCUCCUGCGAGGGCCCCCGGAGCCGCGAGGGCCUUGGCGCGGGCGCGCACGAGGAGGAGCGGCCCCGGGCCCGCGAGCUCAAGACUCCGUGGGCCCGGGAGGGGACACGUGACCCUGCAGCCCCGCGCAUCCCCCGGAGCGUGCGAGGCCUGCGCCGCAAGCGGCAGCGGCGCCCCUCUUAGCAAGGACUGUGAUGCACGGCAAGGCCCAAGGGCCCAAAAGAUCAAGUGGCCGGCAACAAACAGCACUGUAGUCGGUUGUAAUACGAGUGUAAUGCGUUUCUUGGAUUGAGAAGUUAUUGAGCGAGGUAAGAGCUUGGGUAAGGAGACGAUACAAGGGAAGAAGCGGAAAGCGAAGGGUGCGAGUGAGUUAGCGGUUGAGUGUGUUGUGAUCUGCAGUGUGGUGGUGGUUGAACAGUGGUGGAUGAGACAAAACGAUGUCUCGUGGACCGAAUCUUCAACACGGGUGGAGGAAUCAACGAGUGAAGCUCGGUCACCAUGGCAGCAGCACCGACAGAAGGGUGAUAAAGAGGUGGCUGCUUGCCGGCGAGCGAGUGAAGUGAAUCGGCGAGGACUGCACCACCACCAAGCACCUGACUGACGGUCAAGACUGCCAUGCGUUGCUGAUGCUGCAUGUCGGCUCCUUAUUGCCUUUAUUUAUAAGUUAUUUUAUUUCUUGUAACGGCAGCCAAGACGAAAUACGAAUUCUUAAACAUGAAAAUGAAGCAGCUUCGUUUGCACGCUAAAGCAACUGCAAAUCAGCAAGCGCUGUGCACAGCGCAGCCGCCUGCAGAAGACGCCGCCUCCUCGACGCAGCGCGAGCACACCAGAGACCCAGACUCUUCAGACGCUGUCGCCUCGACAGACCUGGUUUCACCUGAGGAUGGCCGAAACGUCGUGAGAAUUAUUUUAUUAUGUUUUAUUUUUUUAUUUUUUAUUUUAUUACUUCCCUUCUACGUGACUUUACCGAAAGAACCAAGAAGAUGAACCCAGACUCUUGCUUGCAAAUGGGGAGUGGUGCCUCAUGGAUGCGUCGAACUCGGACCCAGGGUCCUUGCCUACCCUUGCCUACAAACAUCUGGCAGUUCACCAUCUUUGGUUCAAGCGAGCCUGGCUGCUGAUGAGACACUCAACGUCCAAAGGGAUACAGUUUGCUCGUGUUGAACCAAUGCUGCUAAAAUCAUAAACUUCCAGAAGGCCGUGUGGCUGAUGAGUUGUAAAAAAAACAUCAGAUUCUUUAGACUGGAGGAGUAAUCCCCAUGGGCUAUAAAGUUCCUCUUCACAGAUAUCAUGCAGGAGGGGUAGUUAAAUGAGCUCUAUGUGGAGGGACAGCUGUUCAUUUGUUUAUAUUCUCCACAGCGACGCGAACGACCGUGUUGUUAUUUUUAAGGAUGACGUGGAUGCUAACAACGCGUGGAACAUUUCAUGCCAAUGGCUCAGGGUCACCACUGAGAUGGCGCCACGCUCGUCUCAGCAGGGAGAUGUUGAAGCGAGGGACGAUUAACGCAACCGCGGAUCGACAUUCAGCGGAGGGAACCAAAGUCUGACGUCGCGCAUUUCCUUUGUUGGGGCUCUCAAUAGAACAGAGUUGGCUGUGAACUCAGGAGUUGAAAUCUCUUGCAAAACUUGGCUGAUAAUUAAGGACAUGCAAAUGAAACGGGUCAUAGCUGUCUGAUACGUUUUAUUGAAAAAAAUAAAAAAUUAGCAAUUAUAUUACACGGUUUAGUUACACUUUUCAGAACAUCUGAGAAGCAUAAAACAGUAACACAGGCAUCAAGAUGUAUCUGCACCCGGAAUGAGAGGACAUAACCGGCCAUGGCCCAGCACUCCGUGAGAAACUAAAUUAGGAGCUGGAGGAUGUGGCACACAGCACAGCUAUCGGGGGAGGACUUCGCUGAACAUUUUAUGUUAAAUAAAUCACUUCAGUUUACAAUUUGCAAUCAAAAUUUGGUCACUAAUAUUUUAAUAUCUGAAUAUAGCUGUGAUAGCGCAGUGGUCACCUCUCUGUAAUCGCGUCACAGCAGCUUCUGGAUGCAGCGUCAGCCGUGUGGCAGUAUAAAUGAUUAAAGUUUCAAAUUGAGAAUGUG